AUGGAGUCCACCGAUUCUGAUGCAGUAAGCUGACUGACCCCAGCAGGAAUUCCUUAGUAACCAAUCUACAAUCCACCGAAUGACAACUAGGCUCACUUAAACCAAAUGUGAUGAAACCCGCGGUUUGCCGUCUGGAUCUCGUGGCUCAGGUGGCUAGAGCGUUGGCUGUAUUAAAGCCUUGUCUUUGCUGUCGUGGGUUCGAGUCCCACAAGGGUCGCGGACUUUUUCGGGUGAAAAACGCAUUUCCGAUUUUUAAAAAUAAAGCCUGACUAGUUGGGCGUUAGUUGAGACGGUAAGAUGUGGUUUGGUAGUCCCACCUGAUGAACACAACGCUGUUGGGGUUGGGGUUUAGGGUUAGAGUUAGGAGUUAGGGUUAGGGGUUAUGGUUAGUGGCUAGGGUUAAGGGUUAUAGUUCGGAGUUAGGGUUAAGAUAAGGGAUUAGCGCAACUAUUUCUCAACCAUUAAAAGUACAACCGCGCAUCACCAAUAGCUUUUCUUUUGCACACAACUUCUUGUCCUCGUCGCCCGUGCGUUCCCCAGCCCACCUGUAAAAAGCCCUAUUACCAUCGGUCCCUGAUAAGAGGUGAUUGGAGUUUUUUUUACUUCAGGUGGGGCUACAUAACCACAUCCGACCGCUGAGACAUUAGGAAUUUUCCUUCAAGAGCUGGAUAAAGGUGAAGAUUUAGAAGAUGAAGAUGCGAUCACCGGAACAAGAACUUUAUUUGCCUGACGUUUCGGAUCCUUACUCGAAUCCAUCAUCAGAGACAUUAGCAGAUAAAGGUGAUUGUGGCACCAGGAGUGCAGUAUUUAUAGCACGUGGCUGCCGUGGGACCGCAUGCGCACUGCAAUUAACAGUUCUCGUAAUCUUCGCUGGGGCCGUAAGUGAUGCGGUGGUGGCUUGUCGGUCCGAGUCCGAGUCGUUAAUUGCCGCGAUUUCGUCAUCCGUGCUCGAUGCUGGUGUGACGAUUGCUCGGCAAACUGGCUCACUGUCACCGUGAUGAUUGCUCGCCCGCGCCCUCCCCACGUGACUGAUUCUCCUGCCCAGGGAAAAUCGCAGUACGCUAUUGGGUACCGGGAGGUCAUUGUGCUUGUUGAUGGAUUGCGGGCCUGAGAACCAUGACUCGAGCAGCUCGCGGCUCACGCGGUUGUCACCCCUUGCAAGGAUUUCGGCCUCUUGAAAUUUGAAAAUAUGGCCGGGUCCCGUCGAGUGUGCCGCCACUUGAGAGUUAGCGUCUCCCCGCCUCACCGCUGCUGCGUGCUCGGCAAUUCGCGUACGGAGUAAUCUCCCAGUUUCUCCGACAUAAUUGCUUUGUCCGCAACUACACCAGAUCCGGUAAAUGACUCCAGACGUGUCCUGCCGUGGCAGCGGGUUUUUUGGCCUCAUGACUUGGCGCCUAAUGGUUGCUUCCGGCCUGUGUGCAACCCCAACUCCAAGUGGAGUGAGAAGACGACUGACGGCUUCCGAGACGUUCUUCACGUACGGAAGAGCCCGCCAAAAUUUGGGUCCGGUUGGAUUUGGUCUCUGGUGUCCUUUUCGUAUGCACUGGUUGACAAAGCUGCGCGGGUAACCAUUGGCUCUCAUUACCCGUCGAAGAUAUUGUAAUUCAGCAACCUUGUCUUCCAUUUCACUGCAGUGCGUCUCAACGCGCCGGUAUAGCGCCCUUACGCAACUGCGUUUGUGACUGAUCGGGUGGUUGCUAUUGAAGUUCAGUAUUUGCGUCGUAUUUGUCGCUUUUUAGGCCACCACAAUCUUUGCGGCAGACGAGGACAUCCAGGAAGGUCAGCUGAUUGUUUUCCUCCUCCUCCAUCGUAAAUUGGAUGUCCGGGAAGACGGCGUUGAUUUGUUCUUUGAACGUCAGCACCUGAUCCCGUUCGAUGACGACGAAGGUGUCAUCCACAUACCGAGCCCACACUCCUGGUGCCACAAUCACCUUUAUCUGCUAAUGUCUCUGAUGAUGGAUUCGAGUAAGGAUCCGAAACGUCAGGCAAAUAAAGUUCUUGUUCCGGUGAGCGCAUCUUCAUCUUCUGAACUGCUACCUGGAACUCGCCUGUUCGCUUCUAUCAGGUGAAGAUUUAUUUCAUAAGUGUUAUGGCAGAUUUUCAAAUAAUUCACUUUGACUCAAAUGUGAGAAGCUCGGUGCAUCGGUAGGAUUCGAACCCAUGACAGUAAGAUGAAGGCUUUAGUACAGCCAACGCGCUAACCCCCUGAGCUGCGAGGCCCCACCAGACGACGCAAGUUUAAUCACAGCUGGGUCAAGUUUACCCGCCCAACCUACUGCAACGUCUGGAUCCACCGAUUCUGAUACAGUAAGCUGACUGUCCAAGCAGGAUUUCUUAAGUAAUACAUCUAGAAUCCACCAGGCUCACGUAAUUCAUUGGCUGGGCCUCGUAGCUCUGGUGGUUAGAGUGUUGACUGUACUAAAGCCUGCCCUUACUGUCGUGAGUUCGAAUCCCACCAAGGCACGGAGUAUUUCACAGAUGGUUCAAAGAGAAAGAUUUAUUUGUUCCCAAUUUUAUGGACUUACCCUCAAUAGGCGAAAUCAAACUGCCUUCGUCGUCCCCUUCUUAGUUUCACUCUUCUUCACACUCCCAUCCUUCGCAUUAUUACCCGUAGGGCUCUACGAUAGACGCUGCUGCUGCUGCUGCUGCAGCUGCUGCUACUAUUGACACUGUGGUCCAACUGGAAUAG